AUGGAAGAGGGAAGGGAAUAGUAAGUUUUAAUUAGCGAAUACCUUUUCAAAUUAGUAAUUAUUGGUGACUCUAGGGUUGGAAAAUCAUGCUUAUUGUUUCGUUUUGCAGAUGAUUCUUUCAGAGAGAGCUACCUCACAACAAUUCGUGUCGAUUUCAGAUUCAAAACUUUAGACUUAGGAGAGACCUCAUUCCCCCUUUAAAUUAGAACAUAAUAUAGGUAAAAUUUCCAUUUUUUUGUUAAAUUCAUGUCCCUUUAAUAUGGAACAAAAUUUAUUUUUAUAAUAAAAAAUUUUAUUGAUAAAAAUCAUAAUUUUUAUGUCAAAAGUUUUGAUAUAAGUUAAAUGUUUUUUCUUAACUAAAAUUAAAAAUUUAGUUAUAUCUUGUUCUUGUUUAAAGAAGAGAAUAUAUAGAGCAUCUUAUUCAAAUAAAUUUAUUAUCCUUAAUUGCUAAAAUUUUUUAGAUAAACAUAAUAUUUUAUUUAAAUAAUUUUGAUAUAAAUUUAAUGCGAAUUCUUUACAAAAAAUUAAAUAUUUACUUAUUUCUUGCUUUAAUUCAACAAUAGAGUAUAAAAUAUCAUUUUAUUUAAACAAAAUUAGCACUUUGAUCGAUAAAUUUUUUAAUGUUUUUUUAUUAAUAAAAUAAUAAUUUUUGUGUGAAUAGUUUUGAUACCAAUUAAUCGUGUCGUAUUAAAUAAUAAUAAUAAAAGUUUAGUUAUAUCUUGCUUUGUUUUAUAGGAUAUAGAGUUAAAAUAGCAUUUUAUUAAACAAAAUUAUUAAUCUAUUUCGAUAAAUUUUUGAAAUAUUUUUUUUUCAUAAAAAGUUUUAUUAUGAUUUCUUUUUAAAAAAAAUUUUCUUUACUAUCUAUCCUUUAAAUUAGAACAAAAUUAUUUAUUGCGAUUUAAAGAUUGGGAGAGUCAGUUAAAUUAGAGAUUGUAAGUGCUAGGUAGUGGGACACACCAGGGCAAGAGCGAUUUCGCAAUAUCUAA